GCACCAAGGACGGCAACGUCGCUGAGGAGUUGAGGAUCCCCCCGCUAAGACGCACACGGAGCACCGUCAUUGUUUUCUUGGCCUUCGCCCAAACACGACUUCAACAUCAACCGUAUCAUGAAUCGAAAUUUUACCAUCGAUGGUGAUGAUGAGAUGGAUAUCAUCUGCUUGGAUCCAAGCAUUUUGGAUAAUGAUCUGCCGCCCCAGCACGCCCCAUCAAACAUCGGGAGCACCAGCACGGCCACUGCCACCGAUGCGCCAACCGCCACAUCGAAGCGGUCUAUCAUACCGCACCGCAGCAUGAAAAAUUCCACAGAGCCCAAGCGCAUGAAGAUGGAAUCCGCAGGACACGUGUAUAAAGCGGCAGAACAAAAUAUGCAAACGAAACGGUUUGAUUCACCGUUGACAUCUGCUGCCGCCGCUGUACCUGGGCCGUCGCGGAGCCAAAGUGCAUCUACAGCUCCGUACACACAGCGCCGCAACUCCCAGCCGCUGACUGCCGCGUUGUCUUUAAUGGCCGGCGCUGUACCUGGGCCGUCGCGUAGCCAAGGUGCAUCUGCAGCACCAUCGUCGGCUGUCGGUCCAACGAACGUCGCAGAGGAUGUCUGGGGCACAUUCAACACCUCUCCCUCCGUCGCUCCAUCAGGGGUUCCUCCACUGAAUGAUGUGCAGCAGCUUAUUGCGGAUUUGAAGGCGUACAUCGAGCGCAGGUUUGACGCGAUUGACGCCGCCAUCGAGUCCCUCGCCUCGGCUCUGCGGAAUGAGGUGCCCAUCAUCCGUCAAACCUCUGGCACAACAGAGGUGAUGGUGCACGACAUAAAAGAUGUGGUGUGCGCGUACCUCGUAGGGACCGCGCCACCCGUACACGAGGACUUUACGCUGCAGCCCAUCGAUUCAGUGAAGGAACUGCACAGCAUAGAGCGGAAGCUGGGAGAGGUACAAUACAUGCGGGAUGUAUUGGCCUAUUUACAGUCCCAAGUGUUUGUGCCCCAGGUGGACAAGCGGCAGAAAAUGGCACGCGGAAUUAUAUUUUCGCCGCAGUUCUUGCGUAACGUUCGUUGGACCGACAGGCACAAUAAUACACCACUCAAAAGGUGCUGUUGCCAAAGCAGUUGUGACAGCCGAACUAGACCACCACGAUCAGCCAGGUUUAAGCCGCUCCCGAGUAUUGAGCGAAUGAAAGCAAGUGGCACCGCAAGAAGAAGUGGCCAGUUGCGAUCAAUAAUCGGGAGAAAGAGCACGGGAUUUUUUUAACGCACGUGUGCGCUAGAGUGAAAUAAAUACUUUUGCCGGAUUAAGGCAAG